CCACCGGCCAUGGGCACGCUGUCUUCCCCAUUCAUCCAAAUGAAUUCAUGACCUAACCCUAACCCGAACACCACUCAGCAGCAACCAUGCUUCCCCGACAUAAAAAGGAUCGAAUUCAUUUUAUAUAUCUACUCUCUCUCUCUCUCUCUCUCGCUCUCUCUCUCUCUCCCCCAUGAACUCACCAACAGCAACGAACCCAACUUAACAAGAAUUGAAGAAUAUAGAGUUAUCACGUGAAGAUAGGUUUUCCAGUCAAGUGAAGCCAUGGAUCAACUAACAUCUCACGGCCGUUCUUUGCCGCCUCCCUUUCACGCUAGAGAUCUUCAGCUCCAUCACCACCAGUUCCAGCAUCACCAGCAACAGAAUCCCGAAGAUGAACAGAGCGGAAAUAGCAAUCCUAACAGGAACCUGAAGCGAGAUCGCGAUGAGAAUUACGGUGUUUCCACAACCACCACAAGUUCGAACACUCCCCCCACAGGAAGCAAAGAUCUAGUACCAAUCUCCGGGGAAGGAGAGGUUACAAGAAGACCAAGAGGAAGACCCGCCGGUUCCAAGAACAAGCCCAAACCCCCAAUCAUAAUCACCCGAGAUAGUGCAAAUGCACUCAGAUCUCAUGUCAUGGAAGUUGCCAACGGUUGUGAUAUUCAAGAAAGUAUAUCUACUUUCGCUACUAGGCGGCAGAGAGGGGUCUGCAUCUUGAGCGGCAGUGGCACUGUCACUAAUGUCACCAUAAGGCAACCAGCUGCACCAGGAGCAGUAGUGACUUUAAAUGGAAGAUUCGAAAUUCUAUCCCUAUCAGGUUCGUUUUUGCCACCUCCAGCUCCACCUCUUGCAUCAGGAUUAACCAUAUAUUUAGCCGGAGGGCAAGGCCAGGUUGUUGGUGGCAGCGUGGUAGGGCCGCUGCUUGCUUCCGGGCCGGUGGUGAUUAUGGCAGCAACAUUUGGUAAUGCAGCAUAUGAGAGGCUUCCUCUAGAGGAUGAAGAAUCGCCGCUGCCCGGAAGUGGUCCCCUUGGAUCUCCGGGAAUUGUUGGCCAACAACAACAGCAAGGGCAGCAGCAGCCACAACAACUUAUGGCUGAUCCUAAUUCAAAUCUUUUUCAUGGGAUGCCUCCAAAUCUCUUAAAUUCAUGCCAGUUACCAGCUGAGGCCUAUUGGGGGGCAGGUCGCCCUCCCUUCUAACGAAAUAAAAAAUCAGGAUCUUUGAUUUUCUCUUCAAAAUCAUUUUGCAUUCUUCUUAAAUUUCUUUGAAAGUAGCUUUAGUUUGAGUUCAUGGUGUCAUCUUGGUGAUUAUUCUGCCUUUUGAUUGAAGAGGGAUGUAUAAAUUCAUGAAUUCUUUUGUGGUUUAAAUUUAUGACAACAGCUUUUUCAGCAUUUCA